AAAUUUUCAUGUUUUUUUUCUUGCAAAUUUUCUACUUUUCUAACUUGAACAUUACUUUAAAAUACUCUACAAUUUCUGAGAUUAAUCUGAACAUUUCUGUGCUAUUUUGGCAGAAAUUUUUUCCUCCAUUCUUAUUUCUUCUGUCUAUCAUGUCCCUAACAGGCCGUUGUACUGUCCUGACGUCAUAAAUUCCCAGCAGUUUUCAGGUUUUUAGUUGUGGGAAAAGUUGAACCAGCAUGAAAACUGUGGAGUCUAAUUUAGACUCCAUCCUCCAGACCACAACAGGUGCCUCCCCUCCUCCUCCACCUGUCUCCCCCCUUCCGCGGCGCGCUGGCCGUGACCCAGAAAGCAGCCGUCAUUCUGCAGAAAUGGUAUGCAGCCCGCUCGGUUCGGUCACCGGAUCGGCGGCAGCUGCUGAGCCCCGUCCCCGCCGGGGCUAUUUUCACCCGCCGGAUAAAGUGCCGCAGCUCGGCGGGAUUCGGCGCAGAGUAGCGGAAGGAUGAAGUCCCGCACAGACGGCUGCGCCUCCGAGCUGGAUACCGACACGGACAGCUCCGAUGGGAAGUCCACGGGCGGCUGCAGCCCACCCCGGGAGUCCGGGGAGAGACUGGAGGCGGAGGGCGGCUGCCCGGGCGCGGCGCGGAGGAGGCGGCGUCGCAGGAGCGGCGUGGGCAGCGGCAGAGACGCGCGGCUGUCCGGCGUCAGCAAACAGCGGCAGGCGGCGAACGCGCGGGAGCGGGACAGGACGCACAGCGUGAACACGGCCUUCAACGCGCUGCGGACGCUCAUCCCCACCGAGCCCGUGGACCGGAAGCUGUCCAAGAUAGAGACGCUGCGCCUGGCCUCCAGCUACAUCUCCCACCUGGCCAACGUGCUGCUGCUGGGGGAGGACUGCCGGGACGGGCAGCCCUGCCUCCGGUACCAGGACAUGAUCCUGCACGGCCCCGCGCCGCUCAGUGGCCCCUCCCUGCGGCCCAUCUGCACCUUCUGCCUCAGCAACCAGAGGAAACAGCUCAGAGAUGGAGGGAAACACUCUUCUUCAGUGUGAAACGAAGCAGCUCUGGACAGACCCGGAGUCCACCUGAUGUUUACAGUCUAAACUUUGUAAAUACAUAUUUAUUUUUUUUAAACAUACUACAGGACAAACAUGACUUUUUUUGAGCACUUUCUGUCCAGCUUGGUGAGCUUCUGAACCUCAGUGUUUUGACUGACACGUAACCUGAGCCCUUCUGCGCAGCUGCACCUGACGUGGGGCUAUUUUGGUCCCCACCGAUAGUACAAACUACCCCAUGGCCCACCACCACCAAGCGUAACUCCUAAAAACAAGCUGGUCACCUUCAGUGCAGUAGUUGCUGUCAGUUUACUGGUGGCUGCCUUCAGCAGUAAGAAGGCUGUCCAUUACUACUGCCUCUAGUGGUGGACGUAAGUAACUGCAACACUUACAGAACCGGGCAGUGAAAUGGUUUAACUUUAUUCCCCAACAACCAUUAGUGGAAGUUCUCAACAUACUUGAUAAAGAAUUGGACACACUGAUAUUCUACCAAUCAACAAGGUACAAAACCACCAACUGUAGGAGAAAAUCAAUUGGUUACCUAAAGAGACGGGUUGGCUGGCCUGUUGUUCCUUGCAGGACAAAGGUUCUGGGUCUUCCUUGUACCUGAGUGAGUUGUCUACAGGUUCACUGAACAAAAACAUGGCUGUUAGCUUUAAUUGUUGCUCUAAACCAGUAGAGUGUCCAACUGUAUUUCUCCCCAGCUGCUAUCCUGUUUGGUAUCUGUUUUGCAUUACUGCCACCUACUGGUAUGGAGUGUCAUUACCAGGUCUUAUUCCUCUUGUGGCAUUUAGUUGGCAAUUCUGACAUCUACACCAAAUAAUUUAAAACUGUUAAUUAAAUCCUUCCAACUAUGCCUAUGCACAAAUGAAACUGCAACAAACCUCUCCCUAUAUUUCUAACAAUGUAGAAUAAUGUAUACGACUGCCUCUUCCCGAUCACAAAACUCAUAAUUUCUAAUUUUUCUCUAUUCUAUAAAGUGCUGUUCAGUUCAGUGUGUCCAAAACUGAGUUGAUUUUAUUGUAGACUGAAAUAUGAACCUUCAUUUAUGCCUAUUGAAAAUUAUUUGACUUGGAAGCAGAGGAAUUAAAAAAUUACAUUGUGCUAACAAAAUGAAUGUGUUCAUGUGAAAGAAAUGGAAGUGAAAAUUUUAAACAAAUUUGUUUAUUCUUAACCAAAACGUCAAUGUAGCUAGCUAGUUAGCUACACUGAAGCUAGCUAGUUUUCAAUAUAUCAAAUUGGCUGCACUGAAGCUAGCUAGCCUACUACAUGCAGUGGUAGAUUAAUUGUACAUUUGUUUUAUAUGUCAAUGUCAUAUUUUCUGGUUGCAAGUUGGAGAGAUUAAAAUAUUUUCCUAAGUUGGACAUCUAUGAAAGAGAACAUGUUCAAUAGCCAGCACACAUCAAUAGCUAGCAAACAUCUUUUAUUUAAGAAAAGGCAGGUUUAUAACUUUGAUUCUGACAUAUCAGAAACUCAGAUGUUUACAAAUGUGACAUUUUUAUUGUGGGGAUUUUCUUAACCUGCUUCAAAAAUGUUUAUGAUUAGUCGUAACUUGACUUCACAGCACUGUUCAGACAUAUUAGCCUAAAGUGUUGAAAAGUUUACUACUGCAAUGCUGCACAGUCACUUUAACAGCACAUGAUAAGCAUCAGACUGCCUUUUGCACUUUUAUGGAGAAUUUAAAAUGUGAUAUUAAACUCAAGUGGAUCCCUUUGAUAUUUAUAAUACAGCACUAAACUAUUACUGGGAAAUUUUGCUCUCUACCUCAGAUCUAUGUUUUAAAUACGAAGGCCUACCUCUGAUCAAAAUUAGGAACAGGACUGUCACAAAUACUUGAAUGUCAGACACGUCUGUCCUUUGCACAUUGAAUGAAACUGCUUGAAGAAAAAUGUAUUUUUGUAUGAAAAAAUAAACUUUAUCAACCUGUCUUUGUACAUUUCUUUCCAAUAGUAAUCUGAAGAGUUUUUGACUAACCAAUCACUAAUCAGCUAGUAAAGUUUCAUCAAUACCACAAUUUUUAAUGUACACUGAUGUUUUAUAUUUUAGUAAAUCUAUAUAUUGUUUACAAUAUUUCCUAUAAGCACCUAUGGAUAAAUGAAUUAAUAAAGUAGCAAAGCAGAUUAAGUAAGUGGGAGGAGCCUGAUAACGAUGGGUGAUCUGAUCAGACCAAUCAGAACUGGUUAUAGCUUGUGGAAACCUUUGUACUUUUAUGAACUUCACAACAUUUGAUUUAUUGCAGUAAAAUAAAACAAAAACAGAAAAUAGCGUUUCAAUAAUCUUUAUUUCAUAAAAAAGUGAAACUGGUUUAUAUCAGAUUAAAGAAAGUAUAAACUGACGAUAGUCAGGUAGCUGGCGAGGCAUUUUACAGGGCGGUUGGGGCGUUUCCUCAGACGGACUGAGCAGAAACGGGAAAAAAGUGGAAAUAAAAAUAAACUGAGUUUGCCAAAAGAAAAAAAAAAAGUUAAAUAAAGCAGGACAAAAAAAACUUUGGCAAGACCGAUGACAUUUGUCAGCCUUGCAGUCGCACGACUUUACCUUAAAUGUAAACCCAAUCCUGCUUCAGAACCAAGAGGCUGAGAUUACAUCGAAUCCUUGGAUCCGGACUACAGAAGGCGUUGGAGACGAAUCGAGAAAAUAGGGAAGAAUUCCUGGCUUUUCUGAUUCCCCGGCGGAGCCGAGGCUCCUCCAGGACCGUUUGCUUUUAAUUACUACUGCAAUGUUUCGGUGGCAGAGGUGAGUGUGGAGAGAAAUCAGUAACAGGAGGUAGAAGAGGAAGGGCCAAGACAUUCUACUGCUCCUGCUGCUACAAAACAAAACAGAACAAAAAAACUGGAAAAGCUCGUCUGGUGAUGAAGAUUUCAGUCCGCCUCCUCUUCAUCAGA